CAUAAAAUAGCGCAGUGACACAAACGAUCCCCAGGAACUGCCCAAGUCAAACUCAAAACCCGGCCCUGCCGAGCAACUCAAGAUGGUUUUAGAAACAAUUUCAAAGAUAAUAAAAGUGCAGCUUCCGGCCUACUUGAAGAAGCUGCCGCUGCCGGAGACUAUCGGAGGGUUCGCGAGGUUAACAGUGUCUGAGUGGCUCCGGUUGCUGCCUCUCCUCGGCAUUUUGGCCCUGCUGGGCUACCUGACCAUUCGUCCGUUUCUGCCUAAGAAAAAGAAGCAGAGAGACAGCCUGAUCAACCUGAAGAUACAGAAAGAGAACCCCAAAGUGGUCAACGAGAUAGACAUUGAGGACUUGAACAGCGCAAAUGUGUGUUACUGUCGAUGCUGGCGCUCCAAAACUUUUCCUGUUUGUGACAAGUCGCACUUAAAGCACAACGAAUUAACCGGGGACAACGUGGGACCUCUCAUCCUCAAAAAGAAGAUACUAUAAUUGACCACGGAAAGAAGUUUACGUCGGACUAGUCUGUACUUCAUCUUUUCCUGGUAUUUUGUUUUCCUUAUAAAAUGCAGUCCAUUGUUUGAGUGAGAAUUGGAAUUUUUCUAGUUGGGGUAGUUUUGUGUUUGUUUUCUUUAGUUAAGCUCUCAUUGGGUUUCUAAUUUACAUACAUAAUUACAUAUGACUUUAAAAGUGUUUGUCUCUAUAUGUCGGGAUUAAAUUCAAUUUCACUGGGACCACUUUAAUGGAACAACCCAAAGCGUUAACUUAACUUUAUGAUACCUUCUUAUAAUGUGACCUGGAGCCUGAGGGCUUGUUUUUGCUCCACUCAGUAUAAUUUAAUGGUUGUUUAAAUGAAAUACCCAAUUUAUUAGUCCAACUUGCAUGUAACAUUUUGCCAUGUUUGCCUUCAUUUAGUUGUUUCUAAGACCAUUUGCCUGCUUGAGUGCCAAAUUGUUUUAUCACAACACUUUGGAGGUGUAAGAUAUUUGCUGAUAGAUCAACAUGUAUGUAUGUAAUGAUGAAUGUAUGUAUUCAUAAUGCAUGGGAUACUUACUGUAGAUUCUUUAUGUUUUGUUCACAGACAUUUAUUGCUGUUGUGUUGAAACAUUUCAAACCACUGUACUGUUAAGGUUGCAGAACUGCAACAAGUUUGACUUGCUGUAUUCACUGUAUUUGACUUCUUGGCAGAAUACUUCCUGUAGUAUGAAGCAAAAAAUAUUUUCACACUUAACGUUGGCUUUUACAGUAAGUUCUUUGUUCUCUAUUUAUAAAUAACUUCAUGUAUGUUAAUGUUCGCUAGACUAAGUUCAUUCUAAAUGUUAAUAGAAGUGAUCAUGAGUAAUUCAGUUGCUUAAGUUGGCAGAACCUCACCUUUUUCAAUACUUUGAAAAUCUUCAUGUAACUUAAGCUGAAAAUGUAAGUGAAUGUCCCUUUUAACUCAGUUUAUCAUGUCCUUGUUGUCUUUAAUUUAAUUUCAUUCUAAAAUUGCAUUAAGCUUCUGUGCUGCAACAGAAAACAGAAUCGGCUGAGGCUGCUCUGAGAGUUUCAUAAAGCACAAAGGGUAUGUGCCUCAUGGGUUUGAUGUUCACCACCUGUCAAAAGUUCAGAUUUACAUGAUAUUUUCCACAUUUUAUGAAAAUUAAAGCAUUAUGUGUUGUGGUAAUGGAAUAAAUAGAAAGGAAUCAUCUUGUUAAUUUGUCAAGUUACAGAACUUUGUAUAAUUGGCAACACAGACUCAGCUUUUUGGUACAACUAGUUUGCAUCAACAUCCUGGCUCUUGCUCCAUUGCAUUGGGGAGCAAUGUAUUGGUUGCAUUUCCAAUUUAGAAGUCAGGAUAAUUUAUUUUGGUUUUAUUCCCAACCCGUUCUGCUUCUCCAAAAACAGCUGGCAGUGAAGAAUUACUUUAUGUAUUUCCCUGAGCCCUUAGGGUGGGGCUUUGACGAGAAGCUGUUGGACAUUUCAACACAGCUGAAAAUCCUCAGCAAUAAUUGGGAAGGUUUUAAGAGUGUUUUUCUUACAAUGUAAAAACAAAAACAAUGCUCCAGGAGUUUUUCUAAUGUGAAUAGAUUUUAAUUUUGAAAGAAGAGACACCUGUGUGCAUGUCUUUUUGGGACACAAUGGCUGGGAUUAAGUCAUAAAGCAGUUUAACUUCUCAGUUUGGAUGGAUUUUAAUUUGGCUUCAGAGAUAAUUGAUGCAAAAAUCUG